UCUCUCUCCUCCCCUCCUCACUUUGCUUGCUUUUUUGGUUUUUCCUUUACCCUUCACACUCAUACAUCGCCCGCCCCACUCCUGCGCUCCAUUGCCUUCUCCCUCGGGUCUUCCCCUCCACAGGCACGCCACAUUCAUCCAAAUUUCAUACACUUCCUGCCCAUUUCAAGGUUUUUCAAAUUUUGCAGGCAGACUGCACUCGGGGCUGCUUUAAUUUGGCUCCCCGUCUGAUCAGGAAAGAGGAGAAAAUGGGGGUUAUUUCUCGCAAGAUAUUCCCGGCCUGUGAGAGCAUGUGUGUUUGCUGCCCAGCUCUGAGGUCUCGCUCCCGGCAACCAGUCAAGCGCUAUAAGAAACUGCUUUCUGACAUAUUUCCGAAAUCUCCCGACGGACAAUACAAUGAUCGGAAGAUUGUUAAACUUUGUGAAUAUGCCUCCAAGAAUCCAAUACGAAUUCCAAAGAUUGCGAAAUAUCUCGAGGAUAGAUGUUACAAAGAACUUCGAAUGGGAAACAUCAAACUUGUUGGAAUUGUUGCAGAAGCUUACAACAAAUUACUGUGUAUCUGUAAGGAGCAGAUGGCCUACUUUUCUGUUAAUUUGUUGAAUGUAGUUGCUGAACUGCUCGAUGACUCCAAGCAGGACUCUGCCCUGAGAAUUGGAUGUGAUACAUUGACUACGUUUAUUUAUUGUCAGGUGGAUGGAACCUACACACGCAACAUUGAAAACUUCGUGGGAAGAGUCUGCAUGCUGGCUUGUAAGAACGAAGAUGAGAUCUGUGGUUUGAGGGCUGCAGUCUUGCGAUGCCUAUCGGCUAUGCUGUGGUUCAUGGCGGAGAUCUCGCAUGUAUUUGCUGAUUUUGAAAAGAUUGUGCAUGCUACCCUCGACAACUAUGAGAAGGAGGCACAAAGUGAAGAAGAUGAUGAAAGACGGGAUGCGCAUCACAACUGGGUGGAUGAAGUAGCAAGGUGUGAGGGAAGAUGUACUCCUGGAAUUGCUGAUGAGUUUAGCCCCAGUGACAUGGUUGUAAGAAUCAGGCGAGAAAGAAAAGACCCCUCUCUUCUGACUAGAGAAGAGAUGGAGAUGCCUAAAGUAUUGGCUCAAGUAUGCCUCCAGAGGAUGGUUGAUCUGGCAAAGGAAACGACGACAAUGCGAAGAGUACUUGAGCCUGUGUUUGUGUAUUAUGACAUUGGGAAACACUGGGAUCCUCAGCACGGCUUGGCCCCCAUUGUUCUCUCUGAUAUGUUGUCCUUUGUGGAAAACCCAGGAUAUCAGCAAUUUGUUGUAGCAGGCGUUGUUCGUCAUUUAGAUCACAAGAAUGUUGCACACGAUGUUCAGGUUAAAUGCCACAUCAUCCAAACUGCCAGCUGCUUGGCCCGUCAGAUUCGGUCAGAAUCCAUAAUUUCUGAUGUGGGAUUUGUCAGUGACCUCUUCAGACACCUGCGCAGAAGUUUUCAGGCUACAGGCGAAUCAGUUGGAGAGCAAGAGCUGAAUGUGAUGUUGCAGACUUCCAUUGAAACUUGUUUGCUGGAAACUGUUAGAGGGAUUGUUGAUGUCCGUCCGCUUUUUGAUAUGAUGGCAAUUACACUUGAAAAGCUUUCUCCCAUGAAAGUUGUUGCUCAGGCUGCCCUUGCUUCUCUUGUAAUUCUUGCUCAUGUCAUUUCAGUGGCGUCUGUAUCUUUCUGCAAACAACAGGUGUUUCCAGACGUACUCUUCAUUCAAAUCAUGAAAACCAUGUUAAACUCUGAUGGUGAAAUACGAGUUGGAGCACAUCAAAUAUUCUGCAUCCUUCUCAUUCCAAGUUUUGCUCAUACAAGGAAUGACUCUUCCUAUCAUCAAAGGAAGUGGCAUUCCAAAAGUGCAUCGACAUUUUCCUCGAUCACUGCUCUGCUUGAGAAGCUUCGUCUAGAAAUAUAUGGAACUCCAGCGAAGCAGGGAAGUGAGAAAGAUGAUUGCCUGCAGCCAAACAAGGUUGAGGAUGAAAGGAAGCAUGGACGUUCCAACAAGAGUUCUCCUAACAUGCAUAUCAUAAGCUCCCUUGUUGACAGAGUGCAUGGGCCAGCUGAGAAUGAACAAUAUUUUUUGCGAUGCAACGAGGACCAAAUUGCACAAUUGCUGUCAGCUUUAUGGAUACAAGUCCAUCUUCCUGAUAAUUUACCUGCGAAUAUAGAAGCUAUGGCCCAUUCAUUCUGUUUAGCACUAAUCUCUUCACGUCUUAAGGAACCCAAUGAUUCCCUCCUCCGAUUUUUUCAGCUGCCUCUCUCAAUUAGAAAGAUGUCCCUAGAGUCCAAUAAUGGGUCAUUGCAUCCAGCAUAUCAAAGGUUACUGCAUGUGCUGUCAACUGCGAUGUUAGUCUUUGCUGCAAAAAUGUAUCACAUUUCCGAGACUCAGGAGUUAUUAAACUUGUUACUAGAGUCUGAUGUGGAUCCAUAUAUUGGCAUAAAUGACGACUUACAAGUUUACAUGAAGCCUCAAGCUGAAGUGAAAGAGUAUGGUUCUGCUUCCGACAAUGAAGCAGCUUUCUCUGCACUUGUGGGGCUGCGGGAAAAGGCUUUAGAAUCUGAUAGAAUUGUGUUUUCCAUGUUGGUUGAAGGUUUAUCUAUGAUUACAAAGAUUGAACCUGAAGAAGUGGAUAACAAGCUAUCUGAAGGAUUUGUACCUGACGAGGCUUUUUUGUUCGGCCCUGAAUUGAUGCUUGACAUGGACCACAUUCAACGGGCUGCACACUCCAAACAAUCACAAUCAUUUGAUGCGCAGGAGUUUUCUGCAAAUUCCAUUAUUGAAGAUGAUGCUGCAAGUAUAUCAUCAGUAACUGAUAUAUCCCGCUUCAUUCCUAAGGCUCCUGCAUCUGCGUCCCCUUCAAUGUCUCAUAUCGUGAGCAUUGGCCAGCUUUUAGAAUCUGCACUGGAGGUUGCGGGCCAAGUGGCAGGCACGACAGUCACCACAUCACCGCUCCCGUACAGCACAAUGACACAUCAGUGUGAAGCCUUUGGCACGGACACUAGGAAGAAGCUCUCUAAUUGGCUAAUCUAUGACAACCACAGCACAAAAGCAAACAAUAAUGAUCCAUCACUUGAAUCUCAUGGCAAGAUGCCCAAUGGUGAACUUGCUCUGCCUGCAAGUGCAAACAGCUGGUUGGCUCUGAGGUUGCCCCCGGCUAGCCCCUUUGACAACUUCCUGAGGGCAGCUCGUGGUUAGUGGAAGGGUUGGUAGGUAGGUAGGUAGGUAACGUACCCUUGUUUGUGGAUCGGUAGGCGAAUGAAUUGAAUCUAAAUCCAGAUCGAAAUAUGCAUAUUAUUACCCUUGUCGGUUCGCCUCUGGAGUCUGGAAUAUUUGAUCGUUGUGCUUUGCUUGCUCGGAUUGUGAAAUGCUAUUAUUCGAUGUAUGUAUUUUCUUGUUGUAUUUAUGCAAUUGUGCUUUGAUGAGCAA